CAACAAAAACAAGAACAAGAAGAACAAGAACAAAAAAAACACAAAGAACACGAACAACAAUAAGAACAAGAACAACAAAAAGAACAAGAACAAGAACAAAAGAAACAAAAAGAACAAUAACAACAAUAAGAACAAAAACUAUAA